UAUUGCUUACUCCAUUUGACCCGGAAAAAAAAUGUUUUAAAAUGUCUCUCUUUUUUUAAUGUAAAAAAUGUUAAUCAGGGCACACAUUCUAAAGGGGUCCCUUCUGUUUUAUGGUUUUCUUGGCACAUUGCAACACAAAAUGGCUUCCUGCAUGUUGGUUACACCACAGUGACUUUAAUUAAGUGGCCAGAUGUUUCCCCCCCAAUAUUUUAAUAACAAUUUAAAAUAACAAUUACUUUACAGCUUAUUUUAAAAAAUCAUAACGUUAUACCAAACAACUAAUGGCAUUUUUUCCCCCAAGUAUUCCAGCUUAUUAAAUAUCCAGACAGUUACACAACUUAGACAUUUAUACUUUAAGCACCAGAAGAAAAAAAAAUGAUAAAAGUUAUGUGAAUUCAGAAAUUGAAAACAUGUUCCAUCAUAGAUUAGGUGUAUUCAAGCCAUUGUAUAUAUGAUUAGUUUUUAAUUUAUUUUAAAUGCUCAAGAUCCACACAAAAAUGAGCAUCACAUUUACAUAUCAAAAUCAGUAGUGACAUUUUGUUGAAUAAGAAGUGUUCAUAAAAUAGGAGAGACCUGAACUGGUUGGAUCAGGGUUCAUUUAUGGGUCAUAAUCAGGUGCAAUCAAUCAAAAAUUGUGACCUUUGAGUGUAACAAAAAGCCCUUAACCCUUCCAGCUAAAACGAUUCAAAAAUAAUAAUUGAAAAAGACAAAAUAUGUGAAUGUUGGUUAAUAAGGAUCGGAAGCAAUUAUGGUAUAAAAUUUGGAGGCCUGCGAUACAUUAUAAUGCUUGGCUGACAUCAUUUAAGAAAAGAGAGUGAGUUAGCUUGGUUGGCAUAUGUAUAAAGUAUUAUUAACAAUUCAUAGCAGACCUGAACAUUGAUCUUUAAAUACAUGCAGAUACUCACAUGUGGUGUUAGUUUGGGUUAAAAUAAACAUUUUCAUCUUCUUCUUUUUUUUCUUGUUGCCUCCCUCUUUAAACUGUAGCCUUUUAACACUGUACCAACCAACUCUAUAAUAAAAAUAUAGUCAUAGAUUUAAAAAAGCUAAAUAUUUUGUUACACUGAAUAUAUCAAUUAUUUUUUUUUACCUCAGGACUUAAGAUUUUCAUCUGCAUCUAGUAGGGUUAUCUUAAUGUUUGAUUCACCAGAGAUAUUCAACAAGGAAUGAAAAGUGUGCUAACCAACUUUAAUCUUCUCUAAAUAGAUUAAAAAAGCAACUAAAAUGAAUGCAAAAGUCACACAAUCACAUGUGUCUUUUCUAUUUCUCUUUGGCCAGAUGCUUCCAGGUCGUGUUACUGUUCUACAGCCCAUUACAGGUGUUAGCAGUGGAAAAUGUUAACUUUGGAGUUCACGUAGAGAAUCAGACAGGGGUGCGGGAUGGCCUGAGCCGGAAGCACCAUCGGGUUUACCAACUAUACAGCCGGACCAGUGGAAAACACAUCCAGGUGCUCGGCAAGAAAAUCACUGCCAUGGGAGAGGAUGGGGACAAAUAUGCCCAGCUCGUGGUGGAGGCCGACACCUUUGGGAGUCAAGUGAGAAUACGAGGGAAGGAGACAAACUACUACUUAUGCAUGAACCGUAAGGGGAAGCUUGUGGGGAAGAAAGACAGCAGCGUAAACGGAGGCUGCGUUUUCAUCGAGAUAAUGCUUGAGAAUAACUACACUGCUUGGAUGUCAGCGCGCUACGUAGGCUGGUACGUGGGCUUCACCAAAAGGGGCCGACCACGCAGGGGCCCAAACACGUUACCCAACCAGCGAGAUGUGCAUUUCAUGAAACGCUUCCCUCCAGGAGAGCAGCCCGACCUGCAGCCCUGCAGCUUCACCACAGUCAGCAAGAGGAGCAAAAGAGUCCAGCAGACCUCCACCGCUCCUCCACCACUCCCAUAAUACUACAAACACUUGUGCGCAAAGAUCCCUUCUUACAGAGGAUCUAGAGACGCUCUUCUUUGAAACAUAAGUAGGUUAGACUUUAGGGCCGACCUCUCGGUGGAAGUCAAAAAGGACGAGGUUGCUUAAACACUGUGUAAUCAUGCAAACAUAACCAAAGACUCCUGGGCAAGUGUCCAGUCACUGAACCCUGUCAACAAGGGGACCAAGCACUUCAGAGGCCAAAGAAUUCCCCUCUAAUGUCCAGUGCCACUGACUUUGAUUUGUCCCACCACAAAAGGGCAAAACACUUGCGUGAAGUUGUAUGCCUGGAAAAAUGGCAAGUACAUGGCCUAAUACACAUCAGCUGAGACUUGCCAACUUGGAUGCUCAUGACCAAAAGGGCAAGGACCUGCUUUGUACUCAUCAAAAUGUCAGCUUUGGGCCUGUAAGAGCCAUGAGAUACCAAGAACCAAAGUCAAUCACAAUGUAUUUGACAGGAAAACUUUUUAGACCCUCCUUUGGUUUUGCCUCAGAUACUUUGCUGUUCACAUUUCACCAGGAGCAUCGAGUGUCUUUCAUAUUCAUCAGCAAUGAAGGUAUCAGCAACCAAUGAAAUAAAGUGCAAUUUAAAGAAAGUGACAUACACUACUGUUCAAAAGUUUGGGGUCAGUAAGUUUUUUUUUUUUUUAUGUUUUUGAGUGGCCGUUUACACUUUUUCAACUAAAAUCGGAAAACUUGUGCGUUUUGGCCAAUCAUUUACACAACAGAAACAUUUUGGUGGCCUGAAACCGCAAACUUUUGAAAACGGGUUUCAAAGUGCACGUUUUUGAAAACGAUACCGUUAUUGUCUCAGUGUAAACUACAAAAAGCGAAAUUGUGAAAACUGUGACAUCAUGCGCAUGCGUAUUAUGUGUUCAGUCUACAGACACGUAGUGUUUCUUUAAAAAAAGUGACAUCACCAACUACUGGCCUGUCAGCAUAAUACAGCAUUUUUCAUUGUUUUCGCAGAUCUGUGUGAACGGGAUCGUUUUGACAACGUUGUUUGUACACGAAAAACGCAAAGUUUUUAGUACAUUGUUGUUGCGUAAACGUACCCUUUAAGAAGUCUUCACCAAGGCUGUUUUUAUUUAAUCAAAAAAUACAGUAAAAACAGUAAUACUGUUCAAAUUUAAGAUAUUGCAAAAUAUUAAAAUUUUACAACUCAGAAUAACAGUUUCUUAUUUUCAUAUACUUUAAAAUGUAAUUUAAUCCUGUGAAGCAAAGCUGAACUUUCAGCAACAUUACUCCAGUCUUCAGUGUCACAUGAUCCUUCAGAAAUGAUAAUAUGCUAAUUCUAACAUGCUGAUUUGCUGCUCCUGAAAAAUUUCUUGUUAUUAUCAAUGUUGAAAACAGUUGUGCUAAUAUUUUUGAGGAAACUGGUUUAUUUCAGGACUGUUUGAUGAAUAAAAUGUUCAAAAGAACAGCAUUUAUUUGAAAUCAAAAUCUUUGUAACAAAUGUUAUUGUCACUUUUGAUCGAUAAUACGCAUUUGCUAAAUAAAAGCAUAAAAUAUAUAUAUAAAACUAUAUUACUGACCCCAAACUUUUGAACGAUAUAUAUUAGCAGCACAGAAUAACAAAUGAAAUAUUUUGACCAUUAAAAAGACUGUAACAUCCAUUAGAGCAGAACUUGGCCUAUAUAAGACAUGUUUGACCAAACGCUGAUCUACACUGAUGUUCAUGGCUUUUUCAAAACAAAAUAUCCAUUACAGGCCACAACUUUUUCACUUUAGAUAGUUUGUAAAUGAUCAGUUAUUCGAACUGACCCUGGAGCUUCCAGCCCUGCAAGUGUUGUAAUGCAAAAUGUUGCUGUUACAAAUUACUCUGUCCCAAAAACACUUGGGGCUGGUGAAAUCUUGAGAGAUAUUUUGAUACUAUUCAUGUUAUUAAAAUAUUUAUUUUGUGGA